UACACGCUUUGAAGCUUGCAAAAAAGGUGCAAUUUUUAAUGUUUGGAAAAGUUUAAAAAACAUUUUAAAUUUAUAAACAAUAUAAUAUAGAAUGAAAUGAAGUAAAUAUUAUGAACUAUAACUUUUACGCACAAUGAUUUACACCGAAACUAUUUUGGUAAUACUUUUAAUGCAAAACGUUCACUCGACCCCUUUGGAUAUCGUUGCUGGUAAAAGCGGAGAAGAGCAAGUUAAAGAAGCUAUUGAUAGGGCUGAAAAAGAAUCUGAGUUGGCUGCAAAAGAAAGUAUAAAAACCGUAGCUAAAGCAAAAGUUGAAACUCAGCAUUUUAUUUUGAAACCUGUCGAUCUUAAAGAAACAUUAGACAAAAAGGUUGAAGAACUUUCUAAACUUCAUGAAAAACACAAAGAUAAACAAAACGAGGAUUCAAAAACGCCAGAUAAAGAUUUAUCUAAGUUAACAAAAUCUGAAAGUGACGUAAUUCUUUCAAAAUUAGCAACAAGUAACGAAGUCUCGAAAUUUACAAAAACAGACGUUGAACUGGAAAAACUUGCAAAAGCUGGAGAUAUAAAAGAUUUAUCAAAAGAUACAGACAUAAAAGAGUAUAUUUUCAAGGAUACGAAUAAAGAUAAUGUAAAGGCAAAAGUUAGUAAUGAAGAUGUUGUUAAAGAAAAUGCCGCGUUGGAAGAUGAGUCUGAUAAGAAAAUGGUCGACAUGGCAAAGAAGCUGAAUAAUCUUGUGUUGAAAUUUCAAAAAAAAAUGGGUCGCUUAGCAACUCAUUCUGAAAAAAGUGAAACUUUAAUUUCAGCUGCAUCUCAACUAACCGAUAACAAAGAUGGAGAAUCAACUGUAAAAAGUAUUCGUGGCAAGCCUAUGAGUCAUGCUCCAAUCGAUUUAACAGCACUGCGAAAUGCUCUUGGGUUGGCACAUCUGAAGCCAUCUUCCAAAUUAGUUGAGGCCCCAGGUAAAACUUCAUAUAAAGAAGAUACAAAGCUUGAAGACCGAUUGGCAAUGGAAGCCGAAGAAGAAAAAAAGUUUUCAAAUGGAGAUACCUACGAUGAAAACGGUGAGAAUAAUGAAGACAAAGACGGCGAAAAAUCUGUUGCGUCAUCUCUUUCACCAAAGGAGCAAGCUUCACAAGAAAUGCAGAGCUACAACGCCCUUAUUUCAAGUGAAAGUAAUCGUGAAUUGUCACAAAUACAAGAAGAAAUCACUAAAGCAACACAAUCAAGUAUGGGUCAAGUUAGCGUAGUUGGACAAAAAGAAACUGUAAACACAGAAACACCUUCUUAUCAGAACCUUGGGGGUGGUUUUGGUGGUAGUUUAGGAAGUCUUAGUGGUGGUUUAGGAGGUCUUGGUGAACUGGGAAGUGCGAAUUCAGGAGAGCAAUUUCAAUCUCUUCAAGCAGCAGCUACAGAGGGUUUGGAUGGUCUUUCCGGAACCUCUGAAAUUUCACAGCAAUCACCAAAUGGCCCUGUUGCAUCUCAACAACAAGUUUCUAUUGAAGGCCAACAACCUAUUGAAGUUGGAGGCAGUCAAGAGCCUGUAGAAAUGGGAACUAUGGGGUCAAACGUUAACCCUUUCAAUUCUGGGAGUCUGCAAAUGGAUAAUAUGCAACAACAAAGCCAACAAUUUGCUAAUGGGCAAUCACCUAUGGAUUUAACAGGUCAACAAGGAAAUGAUCCAAAUAUAGCUUUUAAAAAGUCAAAAAUAACGCAUAGAAAAAACGAGAUACGACGACAACAAGUACAAAAAAAUAAAAGAAAUUGAAAAACAGUAGAAAUAUUUUGACUUCAUUAUUAUAACCUUAUUUGGAAAGAUGGUGAAGCGCCUUUAAAUACGACAACAAUCGUAUUUUGACGUCAUGGGUCACUUAAAACCAGCAAAAUCGUUCUAGAUUAAUUUAUACUAUGAACAUUUGUAUAGGGCUUUUAAAAUCAGUUAUUAUGUAAUUUUGUUUAAAGUAUUUGUAUAGAUAUGCACUCAUAGUUUUUGUAACAUAAAUUGUAAAUUAUAAAUUAACUAUCACAAUAGAAA